GCUAGAUAUUGCCACAAUUAAGAGACCUCACUUCAGUUCCUUACCGAAAUCUCGAAAAAAAGAAAAAAUGGCUGAGAGCAUCCUGCCCAUUGCAGAGAUGUUGAUCAAGCUGGUACUUAAGGAAGCCGCAUUUCUCCAUGGAGUGAAGGAAGAGGUGGAAUCUCUUGCAGAGAAACUCAAGGACAUUGGUUACACUUUAAGUAAGUUUGAUGUCAUGAUCGACAAAGAAGAAGAAUUCGAUAAAUGGGUGGGCCAACUCAGAGACUUGGCCUUUAAGGCUGAGGAUGUUAUAGAAGUCUUCGUCAACAAUGCAACGCCAUAUGAUGGGUGCGAUGUUUUCCUGCUGAUCAUGGGGUGCUUCUGCCAAAUUAUAACUCUCCACAAAUUGAAAGACGAAAUCAACAAUAUCAACAUGAAGCUAGAGAAACUUCCAAGGGGAAGCUCACUGGUCACGGUUCUGGGUUCAAAGGAUGGUGAAACUUCCAUCCCUCAUCAUCAGGAAGAAGACCAGCCGGCAUCAAGCAGAUGGGACGAAGACGAUGAUAUCGUCGGCUUUCAAGAGGAAGCAAACAAAUUGGCGUUGUCGUUGACAGAGGAAGAAUCAGGAGCAAAGGUCGUUGUUGUCUCCAUUUGGGCUCAGGCUGGAGCAGGUAAGACUGCCCUUGCUCGAAAUAUUUACAAGAGAAGUGACGUUAAGAGUCAGUUCGAUUGUGUUGCAUGGGUUUCUGUUUCCCAAGAUUGCAAGGUAAAAGAUGUUUGGCAAGCCAUACUGAAACAAGUUAAGAAGCUCAAAGAAAAUCAAGAAAAGGAGUUACAACUGAAGAAGAAUGUCGAGUUGCGGGAUAUGGUGUUUCACUAUUUACAAGGAAAGAACUACCUGGUUGUAUUGGAUGAUUUAUGGAAGCAAGAAGAUUGGGAGAUCAUAAGCAAGGCCUUCCCAAAGUCACCCAAAAAGAAAUGCAGGGUUUUAAUUACAACUCGCAUCAAAGAAGUAGCAUGUGGUGCUGACCCAUUAGCUGAUCCGAAAAACCUAAGGGCUUUGAAUGAGGUGCAGAGUUUGGAGCUAUUCUUAAAGAAGGUAUACCAAUGUUCCUCGGAUAGAAUACCUAGUCUCUCCAGGGGAAUGAAGGAUUUGGCGAGGGAAAUGGUUGCAAAAUGUGAGGGACUUCCAAUUGCAAUUGUGCUUCUGGGAGGCUUCUUAUCCGUAAAAUCGAAGGAUAUAUUUGAGUGGACCAACAUGCUUGAAAAGGUCCAUUCAAAUCUGGCGGAAUCAAGAAUCCUCCGAAAGGUAUUUGCUCUGAGCUAUAAUGAAUUGCCGUAUUUCUUGAAACCAUGUUUCCUUUAUUUUGGACUUUUCCCAGAGGAUAGCGUGAUCGAAUGUGACAAAUUGAUUCGACUAUGGGUUGCUGAGGGGUUUUUGAAGCAGCGAGAUAAUCAAACGAUGGAAGAUGUGGGUAGAGACUUCCUUAUGGAAUUAAUCCAAAGAAGCAUGAUCCAAGUUGUCGAAUGCAAAUCAAAUGGGGCUCCUCAAACAUGUCGUACUCAUCAUAUCGUCCGAUCUUUAGCUAUAAGAGAAGCCAAAAAUGCUAAAUUUUCUAGAAUUUCCAUGGAGAGACAUCAGUUGGGAUCCGUGGAAGGUAGUCGUCGAAUCGCCCUACAUUCUAAAGAUGUUGUUGAGAUCCAUAUGGGUACGUCUUCGUCUUCUUUUCCUUUUCAAUCCAACUCCUUGCUGACUUCUUCCAGGAUAGGACCUUCCGUCGUUAUUGAGGAAGCAGAAAAUGAUGACUUCGUGGGCUGUCAAAAGAAUAAAGAUCAACUGGCAUCGUUGUUGACACAGGAAGAACCCCUGGGACGGCUUGCUGCCGUUUCUAUUGUGGGUAUAAGGGGAAUAGGUAAAACGACUCUUGCACAUAAAGUUUAUGAUCAAAAUGAUGUUAAAUUUCAUUUUGAUUGUCGUGCGUGGGUAUGUGUCUCUUAUAACGACUAUGUGGUAAAUGAUAUUCUGAAGACAAUAUUGCAACAAGUUAAACCGCUCACAGAUGCAGAGUCAAAACUUGAGGACGAGGAAGAGUUGCUAAGUAUGCUUCACAAUCAUUUGAAAAGCCAGAGCCGUUACCUGAUCGUAUUGGACAAUGUAAGGAGGCAAGAAGAUUGGGAUGUCAUAGAAAAGGUCUUCCCGAAGCCAGUCGACCGCCAGAAAUGCAGAGUGUUAGUCACGACUCGCGAUUCAUCUAUAGCUCAUUAUAUCGAUCCUUCAGGUAUUUCUCUUGAACCACAUGUUUUGAAAGAGGAGGAAAGUUUGACGCUCUUCCAGCAGACGAUCUUCAAGUACUCAAAAGAUGAAAUACCAGAACAGAUGAUGGACAUAGCACGAGAAUUGGUUAAGUUAUGUGAUGGACUCCCACUUGGAAUUGUGGUUCUAGGACGUCUCUUAUCUGCAAAAACAAAGGAUGUUUCUGUGUGGCUUGAUGUACUCGAACUUUUGCGUGCACAAGGUAAUAUCAAUCGUUCACUUGCCUUAUAUACCAAGGACAAUGAGCUCACCCAUGAGGGUAGUAGUACAUCUACCGCUACUACUAAUCCUUCCCCACCCCCAAAAACUUUUAGUUUGACACAAGAUAUCCUUUCUUUUUUCGAUCCCUUCAAUUUUCCAAACCAUGUCUACUCCUUGAUGUGUUUCUCCAAAAACCCCCGUGAGUUUCCUCCCUUUGAUCAACAGUUCCCUUUGCUUAGAGUACUCGAUCUAGAAGGUGCAAAAAAUAUUAUUGAAGUACCUAAUGAAAUUAUGAAUCUCAACCUUCUCAAGUACUUGAACUUACGCGGCACCCGCGUAGAACUGAUUCCAUCUUGGAUAGGUAACCUCCGCAACUUACUGACAUUGGAUGCACCUGGUUCCAAGAUUCCCAUUGACAUAUUGAAACUAAAUCAGUUGAGGCAUCUUUUCGCCCAUUCCUUUUCCGCUACCCAAAAUAUGUGCUGUCCAGAUUCAUCUUCUUCUUCUUCCUCUGUGUCUCUGUGCAUUGAUGUUCUUGAGCAUUUAGAAACAUUGGAACUAGACGAUGUAGGAGGCCAUUGGAAAAUUAGUGGCCUUUACAAGUUGACCUAUCUUAGAGUCCUGAGGUUACGUCGUGGUGGUGACUGCUCUCUGCUCAGGGCCAUAGCCUGUUUGAAGCGCCUGAAGGUCUUCAGCUUAACACAAGCAGUGGCAUCAUCAUCUCCCGUACAUUUGCAAUCAUUGUCGAGACACAAGGAUCUCUAUGAAAUGGUAGUGGAGGGAAUAUUUACUGAAGCCAAUGAUUUGCAAUUGCCACCUUUUCUCACUUACUUGUGGUUGGAAAAUUCUAAUUGGGUGGACCCAUUCUUCCCUGAUCUGCAAAAACUAGGUCUCCUAAAGAAGCUUUGCUUGCGACUGUCCCUUUCCAAGGGCAAGUCCGACGAUCCAAUAACUUUCUCUGCGGGAGGGUUUCCAAAACUCGAGUAUUUAUAUAUUAGAGUUGAUUUCGUGCUUCAAAAUUGGAUAGUGGAGGAAGGAGCAUUGCCUAGCUUGAGGCUUUUGCAUAUUGAAGGAAACUACAUGUUAGGAGAGCUUCCAGCUGGGCUGAGACAUAUCAAUACCCUGAAGGAACUUAUCAUAACAAAGGGGUACGAUGUGAGAAACAGCCUGAUGUAUGGUGGAAAAGAAUGGGAAAAAGUCAGAGACUUAAACCCUUCUAUCAAAUAUUUGGAUGAGAGCUCUAUGAGGCCUUGACAUGGAAACCGCCCGUGGUUUAGAUAAUUACAUCUGAGGAGCAUUGCGUUGGAGAAACACCAGUUCUGUACCUACUUGGUUUCUUUCUUUUGCCACAAAUGAUCGUCAUGAAAGGACUCAACUUAAUGGAGAUUGAUUUGAGUAAAAGAUUAGGCACACAGUGGGUUACUAUCUCCUCUCAAUUUCUAAUUCCUGCUUCCACCCUUAUUCUCCUCUAAUGAUCUAAUAUAUGAGUUUUCUUUCCCCUUUUUCUUGAAAAGGCUUGGAGAAUAAUGAAUGUACAACAUCUUAUGAGUUUUAUGUCUCACUUUUCUGCUUUCUUGUUGUCCAGUUGUGUUUGCACACAGUGUGUUACUAUGUCCUCUCCUUUGUGAGUGCUUUAUAUAGUUACUGAUUAAUGAAUAAGGGUAAGGUUAUUUGUCUUUCUCA